AUGAACGGCAUGAACGGCGGUGCCGGGCAGGACAUCGACCUAUACGAAAUCCUGAAAAUUGACAAGAAUGCUAGCAAGAGCGAGAUUAAGAAGGCCUACCACAAGGCCGCUCUAGCGAAUCACCCCGACAAAGUCCCAGAAGACCAGAGAGAAGAAGCCGAAGCACGCUUUAAGGCCGCAAGUCAGGCCUACGAAAUCCUUUACGAUGAGCAGAAGCGAGAAAUGUACGAUACCCAUGGCAUGGCUGCUUUCGAAGGUGGUGGUGGGCCAGGUGGGAUGGGCGUCAACAUGGAAGAUAUCCUCGGUGGCCUCUUUGGUAUGAACAUGGGAGGUAUGGGCGGCAUGGGACGAGGCUCACAACGACCGAAACGAAGUCCCGACGAGAACCAGAAAUAUGAAGUUACCUUAGAAGACUUAUACAAAGGCAAAACCGUCCGCUUCACGAGCACGAAGAACGUCAUCUGCUCAAAGUGUACUGGAUCCGGAGCGAAAGAGGGCGUCACCCCAAGAGAAUGUUCGACAUGUAAAGCUUGCGAGGGUUCUGGCAAGGUUGUCAAUCCCAAGGACAAAUGCAAGAAAUGCAAGGGCAAAAGGACGACAGAAGAGAAGAAGCAACUUGAGCUGUACAUACCACGUGGUGCUAAAGAGGGCGACAAAAUCGUACUGGAGGGAGAAGCAGACCAAAUACCAGGUGCUGACCAGACAGGAGACAUCAUCUUCCAUCUUGUCGAGCAACCUCACGACAUUUUUAACCGAGCCGGUCCUGAUCUACAAGCCACCCUCGAGGUAACACUUGCAGAGGCAUUAACUGGCUUCAACCGAGUAGUCGUCACGCAUCUUGACGGCAGAGGAAUAUCCUUGUCCCAUCCUCAGGUCGAAGGCGAGAUCAUGAGACCGGGACAAGUCAUCAAGGUCAGAGGCGAAGGAAUGCCAUACAAGAAGAGCGAUGCCAAAGGCGACCUGUAUUUGAUAGUGGAUAUACAGUUCCCUGAGGAUGGCUUCUUCACUCCUGAGGCCGCAGACGCACUAAGAAAAUUACUUCCUCCACCAGAACCACCCAUCAAGACUGAAGUUGUCGACGAUGCUUCGUGGGAGGACGCCGAUCCAGAAGAAUUCGGCAAGGGUGAUCCUCGAGGUGGUGGACAAUGGGUCGAUGCGGACGAGGAGGGCGCUGAAGGACCUCAGUGCGCGACACAAUAG